AUGGAAACACGACGCAAAAGUCAAGAUUUGCUCCAUAAAGCUUUAUCAAGUGGGCAAGAUAAUGGAGGACAAGAAGAUCUCGCUGAUCUUGCAAAAACCAUCGAGGAGGCCAUAUACGAACAACAAGAUUGCCAAGUAGAUUCAGCAUAUAAAGAGACGAUUCGAUCACAUAUUCUCAACCUCAAAGACAGUCGAAAUCCUCUAAAGGAUCAGGUGUUGAGCGGGCAAGUGGAUCCUGUGGAAUUUGCUGCCAUGACUGCUAGUGAGAUGGCAACGGCUGAUAGGCGACGAUCCAAUGAAGAAUUGAGGAGGUCAUCUUUACAAGCAUCCAUGGGUUACACCGCUGAUAAUAGACCAAAACAUCGAGAUCUCGAAGGAGAGGAAUCCUAG